AUGGAUACACAUACACAUUUAGAAGAUUUAUCAAAUGAAAUUUUUUUCGAAAUAUUUGAUUAUUUACAUGCACUUGAUAUUUUUACUGGUUUUGCAUUAUUGAAUAAAAGAAUUUCAUCUAUUCUACAAUCAAUUCGACUUCAUGUUAUCAUCUUAGACAGUCAUUAUUAUCGAGAAAUUAAUUUUCUUUCUUCACAUCUUACUUUUCAUGCUCAUCAAGUCAUAUCAUUAAAAUGUUCUGAUACAAUUCGUGAUUGUUCAUCUAUUAUUAAUUUUCUAUUUAAUCGACAUCAUUUUAUUAAUCUUCAAUCAUGUAUAUUUAUGUCGAUUCAUCUAUCAACUCACUUUGAAAAUAUCGUUGAACAAGUAAAAAGUAUGAAUAGACUUGUUUCAUUUGUUAUCCUACAACCAUAUCGAGAAUAUAUAAAUGGUGGUUUUGAUUUAAUUCAAACUAUAUUCUUCUAUCAAUCAUCUCUUCAUUCUGUUAAGUUUCAUAAUUAUGGUUACUUCCACAUAUCAGCUUAUAUUCCAAUUACUUCGAAUCUUAUAUCACUUGAUUUAUUAAUAUAUGGCAAACCAAAAACAGUAUCAUUUUAUUCAAUUUUGCCAAUUCUUGAUCGUUGUCGUAGAAUACGAUAUCUACAUGUUGUAAUAAAACAUGAAAUUCUAUAUCAAACUACACCACCGGUUGCAGGUCGAAAAAAAUUUGAUGAAAACAAUCUUCCUAUAUCACCACAAUUGAUAUCAUUCGAUUUAUCAAUUUUUGCUAAAUGUGACAUUGGUUCAAUCGCUUAUAUCUUACGUUGUAUGCCUAAUCUUCGUCGGUUUAAAUUUCUUCAUGGGACAGGUGAAGUAGUCUGGUCAGAUGCUCGUGAUUUGAUCAAUGGUUAUACAUGGCAACAAAUGUUUGAAAAGCAUGUUCCAUUUUUAUCUAAAUUUGAUUUUCAUAUGUCAAUCAUUGGGAAAAACUAUCCAAAAUUAGAUUUAGACAUGGUAAUAAAUUCAUUUCAAUAUUUCGUUAAAAAAUAUUCUGAAUGGCAUAUGAUUGUUGAUCGAUGGGUAUUUAAUGCCAAAGAUUCACGUAAGUAAAAUGCUUUAAAUCGUAAAGAACGAAUUAUAGAAGCUCAGCGUCAAUUAGAAAUACAAUGAACAGAUCAAUUGCAGUUUACAUACUGGUUUUAUCUUAUUACGGACAAACUAUGAAAAUAAAAAACAAGAAGCCAGCAAAUCAAAACAAGUUCAGUUUGAGGCUCUAGUAGAGAGACUAUAACACGAUUCCAAGCUCAAUAGUAGAACGCAUUCGUGUGAUGCUUACUAAAAAAAAUUCAAAAUAGCUUUUUGAUUGUCAAUGAUUUUCUUAAAUAAUAAUUUACUUUUUUGUACGACUAAAACUAAUCUGUAGUUCUGACAAACUGAUUUUGUGUUUCGUUUUAUACGAAAGAAAGAGCUGAGAAGUUCAAUUAGUGCGAAAAAAAUUCAGUAAAAAUAGAAGCGUUUUUAUAGACGUGCAUUCUAGAAUGAUAAAAAUGGAUUGUUAAAUCCAAAAAGUGAGCUUGGAAAUUAAACAAAUUCUUUGAAACACAACUAGUCAUAAAAAUAAUUUUAUUUAUAACUAUGAUAUAUUUGACUUCGUUGGAGAAAAGGAUUCCUUUUCUUUAUGACAAACGAGAAAAAAAGAAACAUUGAAAAUCUAUCAUAAAAAUAAUGGAUUAGUCAACUAUCAGUUUUGAAUAUUAAAUUCUUGAAUCUUAUCCAUUGCAAUCAUUCAUCAACUUUAAAAUAUUUGUCUAGCACAAAAGUCGACUUUAGUUUGACAAGGAAAAAGAAUUUAUGUGAAAUAUCAAAAACAAUUGACAGACAACCAAUUCUAUGACAAUGAAGAUUUAAACUUUAGUUUAUGUUGAAAUUAAAUUUUUUCAAUAUAUAUUUCUUUUAGUAGAAGCUGUUAUGUUACGCACGUUUGCUU